CAUUCACUCUUGACCUUGAGAUACCCCAUCCCCCCACUCCACCUAGGGGGCCUUCUAAACUCCGCUCUUUUACUAACUCUCCUUCCUUUCCCUCCUUUCCUUCUAAUUGACUUUCGCCCCGGUGGGAUUAAUGAAUUUACGACCGUGAUCUUUCCCGUUCGCUGUCUGAUGAAGCGUCUUUCGCCGGUCGAAUAGUGGAAAACUCCGCCUGUCGCUAUCCCGCAUGUGAACACGACGUAUACAUAAGACUGUGCUGGUUUUCGCUUCCUGGCCGGCCCCUUGGCCUGGCAGUAAUUCAAUCCCGUUAUACUUGCUGAGAGCUCCGAAGGAGUUGCAUCAACCAUGGAGCGAAACAUCGAUAUCUAUGCCAGCAAGCUGGCGGAUGAGAAGCUUGAUCUCAAACUCCGAUCCAAUGUCGCACUUGAAUUACGAGACAACAUAGAGCCACUGUGCUCCGGUGCGAGCUAUCCCAUAUUUCUCUCCAAGCUAUGGCCCGUCUUCAAGACCAUCUUGAAGGGCGAACCCGUCUUUUCGAGCUCGUCGUUUGAGCAGAAAUUACGCAAUUGCGUUCUCGAGACCCUUCACCGGCUACCAAUGGCAUCUCCCGACGUCGAACCCUACGCUGCGGAUAUGGUGGAUAUGUUGAUGGACCUGGUUCGGAUCGAAAACGAGGAAAACGCCGUUCUCUGCAUGAAGACCAUAAUGGACCUGGAGCGAAAUCAGGCAAAGGCGACCGCGGCUCGGGUACAACCGUUCUUGGAGCUCAUCCAGGAGAUGUUUCAGACGAUGGAGCAGGUGGUUCGAGACACAUUCGACACUCCUAACCAGGCGACUCCGUCGGGGAUGCCCUCCACACCCAGUGCAACCGCCCAGAACUUCCAGUCCCCUCGGCCAGCUUCACCCGCUGCUUCUGUUUCCGACCUCGGCCCGGACCAGCAAUCAAGUAACGUCUUGCUCAAAGGCAUGCAAUCGUUCAAGGUGUUAGCGGAAUGUCCCAUCAUCGUUGUCUCGAUCUUCCAGACCCAUCGGAACUCGGUCGUGGCGAAUGUGAAGCUUUUCGUACCGCUGAUAAAGAGUAUUCUGCUGCUGCAGGCAAAGCCGCAGGAGAAAGCGCACGCGGACGCCGCAGCUCAGGGCAUGAUCUUUACUGGUGUUUGCAAAGAGAUUCGAAAUCGCUCCGCCUUUGGCGAAUUCAUCACGGCGCAGGUGAAGACAAUGAGUUUCUUGGCGUACCUUCUAAGAAUGUACGCGCACCAAUUGCAGGACUUCCUUCCCACACUCCCGUCGGUCGUUGUACGCCUUCUUCAAGACUGCCCCAGAGAGAAAUCCAGCGCCAGGAAGGAACUUCUCGUCGCGAUCCGCCACAUUAUUAAUUUUAAUUACCGCAAAAUCUUUCUGGAGAAGAUCGAUGAACUCCUCGAUGAGCGGACUCUCAUUGGCGAUGGCCUCACCGUGUAUGAAACGAUGAGACCCCUCGCUUAUAGCAUGCUUGCAGAUCUGAUCCAUCAUGUCCGAGACCAUCUCUCGCGCGACCAGAUCCGCCGCACUGUUGAGGUGUACACCAAGAACCUCCACGAUGAUUUCCCCGGCACGAGUUUCCAGACAAUGAGCGCGAAGUUGCUGCUCAACAUGGCGGAACGGAUAUCCAAGUUGGAUGACAAGCGCGAAGCUCGCUACUUCCUGAUCAUGAUCCUCGACGCGAUCGGUGAUAAGUUUGCCUCGAUGAAUCACCAGUUUGACAACGCUGUGAAGGUUUCGAAGUCAUACAAAGAGACCAAGAAGGAUAUUGAACCGUCAUCGGAGAGAUACCUCGCAGACAAGGACCACCCGCCGGACUGGGACGAGAUUGACAUCUUUUCGGCUUCUCCCAUCAAGACUUCCAAUCCUCGCGAUCGAGGGGGAGACCCGGUGUCCGACAACAUCUUCCUCUUCAAGAACCUGAUCAAUGGUCUCAAGACCAUCUUCCACCAGCUCAAGAAUUGCAAUCCCGAUCACAUCCAAAUAGACCCGAACAACGUCCCGAUAAAUUGGUCCGAGGUCUCUUUUGGAUACAACGCCGAGGAAGUACGGGUGAUCAAGAAGCUUUUCCAUGAGGGUGCUCGAGUAUUCAAGUACUACGGUGUAGACCAGUCUCCCCCGGAAGUGAGCUACUCCUCUCCGUUCGACUUCCUGGCUAGCCAGUACACCGCGCCAAUGUCUCGGGAGGAAAAGGAAUUGCUGGAAAGCUUUGGGACCGUCUUCCACUGCAUCGACACCGCGACAUUCCACGAAGUCUUCCAUUCGGAGAUCCCGUACCUUCAUGAGCUUAUGUUUGAACAUGGUGCUCUUCUGCACCUGCCUCAGUUCUUCCUUGCCAGCGAGGCCACGUCCCCCGCUUUCUCUGGAAUGGUGUUGCAGUACCUCAUGGAGCGCAUCCACGAAGUUGGUACUUCUGACAUGACGAAGGCGAAGAUCUUGCUCAGGAUGUUCAAACUCUCCUUCAUGGCUGUCACCCUGUUCUCCGCUCAGAAUGAACAAGUGCUGCAUCCCCAUGUCACCAAGAUCGUCACCAAGUGCAUUGAGCUUUCGGUGACGGCGGAAGAACCUAUGAACUACUUCCUUCUGUUGCGCUCGCUCUUCCGCAGCAUUGGUGGCGGCCGCUUUGAGCUGCUGUACAAGGAAAUUCUUCCGUUGCUGGAAAUGCUGCUUGAGACUUUCAAUAAUCUAUUACUCGCAGCCAGGAAGCCACAGGAGCGUGACCUCUAUCUCAUGCGCCCUAUCGUCGUGGCGCUGCGUGCGGACUCAGAUCUAGUAGGACAAGGUCUCCGGACACUUGAGCUAUGCGUGGACAAUCUGACGGCAGACUACCUGGAUCCCAUCAUGGCUCCGAUCAUGGAUGAAUUGAUGACAGCACUCUGGGACCACCUUCGUCCACAUCCGUACAACCACUUCCAUGCCCACACGACAAUGCGGAUAUUGGGCAAGCUGGGCGGCCGCAACAGGAAGUUCCUCAACCAUCCUCCGGAUCUUUCAUUUGAGCAAUAUACGGAUGACGCCCCGAGCUUUGACAUCAAGCUCAUCGGACCUAGCGAAAAACGACCUUUCCCCAUCGGAAUUGGUGUGGACCUAGCGAUUGGAAAAUUGAUGGAGUCUCCUAAGACCGCUGAAGCGAAGGCGUCUGACGUCUACUACAAGCAACAAGCCUUCCGUAUGCUCUCUUCCCAGCUGAAGCUCUAUAUUGGACAUGAGAGCCUUCCGGAUGACCUUGCAUCGCUCAUUCGCCUGCAUGCCAAUGAUCUUUUCGAGAACAAGACUACCGACAUGGGAGAUAUCAUGGAUAAGUCGGACCGGUCAAGCUCCAUCCCGAAGAAGCUAUCCCAGGAGGGUUCCUUGAAGAAACUUAUCAAAGCCUGUAUCUUCGCUACUACCAUCCCAGAGCUCCGGCAAACAGCAAGUACUUUCGUCGCCGAGACGUGCAAGCAUUUCGCCAUUGUCGAGGUAGGCCGAGCACUGGCUCAGGUUCGCCAUACCAGAAAGCCCUUCGAUGUUUCCAGUGGCGAAGGGCCUGUGUACCUUGACUCGCGCGUCCUCGCUGAAGCUGUGGUUGAAUGUCUGUCCUCCGACAACGCCGAGGUUCGUGAUGGUGCCCAGGCCGCGAUGCAAGUCAUGAAGGAUGCAGCAGCUGUGAUGUUUGGCACAUCGGAGCGAGUAUCAAAGUUGCCUUUCUUCCAGCACUUGGGUCGUGUCUUCUGUCACAGCUGUCACAGUGAGGAGUGGUUUACGAAGGCUGGUGGUAGCCUUGGUAUUCACCUUUUCGCGACUCAGCUAGACCUGGGUGACACAUGGCUCUUCGACAAGCAGUCCGAAUUUGUCCGAGCUUUAAUGUAUGUGAUCAAGGAUACGCCCGCCGACCUUCCGGCGAGCACCCGCGUCCGAGCACGAGACACCCUCGACUUGAUUCUACGAAAGUGCUGCAAGAAUGUUUCCAAGGAUGACAUGAAGAACGAGAAGAGCCGUUUGUAUUCUCUGUGCGGGUUCUUUGUGUACGAGCUCUCGCAUAUGAACAAAUUUGUCCGCGAGGCCUCUCGUCGGAGUUUCUCGACCAUCGCUGAAGUUCUUGGAUGCCAGCUCCAUGAGCUAAUCUUCCCUGUCAAAGAUCGCCUACUGCAGUCCAUCUUCAAUAAGCCUUUGCGAGCUCUCCCUUUCUCAACGCAAAUUGGCUUCAUCGAUGCGAUUACAUUCUGCCUGGGCUUGCACAACAACAUCGUGACCUUUAACGACCCGCUUAAUCGCCUGAUGCUUGAAUCUCUCGCUCUCGCCGAUGCCGAUGAUGACUCUUUGGCGCCCAAGCCUAAUGAGUUCAAGAAUGCCGAAAUGAUUGUCAACUUGCGGGUUGCUUGUCUGCGCCUCUUGUCGAUGGCGAUGAGUUUCCAGGAAUUCGCCAAUACUCCUCAAAACACGAGUCGUGCUCGCAUCAUUUCUGUCUUCUUCAAGUCGCUCUACUCACGAUCUCCUGAGGUCAUUGAGGCGGCAAAUGCGGGCCUCAGAGAUGUUCUUACGCAGACCAACAAACUCCCCAAGGAUCUGCUGCAGAAUGGUCUCCGCCCUAUCCUCAUGAACUUGCAAGACCCCAAGAGGCUGAGUGUCGCGGGACUCGAUGGACUCGCUCGAUUGUUGACCCUGCUCACAAAUUACUUCAAGGUUGAGAUUGGUGCUCGUCUCCUGGACCACAUGAAGGUGAUUGCCGACGAUGCUCUCCUGCAAAAAGUUUCUUUCAGUCUUGUCGAGCAGAACCCGCACAUGAAGAUCGUGGCUGCUAUCUUCAAUAUCUUCCACCUUCUCCCUUCAGCCGCGACCUCCUUCAUGGAGCAUUUGGUGAACAAAGUCCUGGACCUUGAGGAGAAGCUUCGCAGGACUUCGAAUAGUCCCUUCAGAAAACCGCUCGUCAAGUACUUGAACCGUUACCCGAAAGAGAGUUUGGCCUUCUUCCAGGCUCGCUUCAAAGAGGAACGAUUCGGGCGCUUCUUUGGCCAGGUUCUUGCAGACCCAGAGUGCGAGAGUUUGCGCGCUGCAGUUGUUGCUGAUACCGAAGGAUUCAUUUCCGCCGCCUUUGCGCAAGAUGCGACGGACGGCAAGAAUACCGCUGCCAUCAAUGGAAUCUAUGUGGUGCACUCCAUCUGCUCGUUCGAGUCUACCAAGCGCUGGUUGGUCUCGCAUGCGGAUCUGAGGACCAAGAUUUUACAUUCUGGACGUGACUUGGAAAGGAAGCUGCGCAAUGAUAAGUUGCCCGCCAACGAGCGACUAAGAGUCGAGCAGGCAGAAGAUCAGUUGAUGGAUGUGUUUACUAUCUAUCUCGGAGAGUCGGUCCAGGACUUGGACUUCCUUUUCGAGGUGAUGGAUGGCUUGUCUGCCGAUGAAUUGAAGCGAACUCUGGCCUUCCCGAAAUUCAUCUAUCGACACAUCAUCACCAACGAAUCUAUCGAUUAUAGGCGAUCAGUUAUCAUGCGAUGCUUGGAUCUGUACGGCCAACGCUCGUGCUCUCAAAAGAUGAAGACUUACGCCUUCCGUCAUCUGGUGAACCCCAUAUUCGCGAUGGAUGUUCAGACAACAUGGAACAAUCCCCCGAACAGUCCGAAGUUGAUGGACAAGAGCAUGACCGAGUUCAUUCAGAGUCGCCUGUGGAAGCCUCAACUCGCUGACCUGAGCGAAGAAUCCAACCAAGCUGGCGUCGACCAUUCCCGUAUGGAGCUUCUUCAACUAUCUGCUCUGCUGAUCAAGUAUCAUCACCAGACUGUGCAGGACUCGCGAAAGGAUAUUAUCAAGUUUGCCUGGAACUACAUCCGACUGGAGGAUAUCAUCAACAAGUACGGCGCUUAUGUUCUCAUCAGUUACUUUAUUGCGCACUAUGAGACUCCUUUCAAGAUCGUUGUCCAGGUGUAUGUCGCUCUCCUGAGGGCACACCAAAACGAGGGUAAAGCUCUUGUCACGCAGGCUUUGGAUGUUCUGGCUCCUGUGUUGCCCACUAGAAUACUGUCAGUCAGCAACGCUCAGACGCCGGAUACUCGGUAUCCGCUGUGGGCUAAAUGGCCCCGCCGUAUUCUGGCCGAAGAGACUGCCAACUUGCAGCAGGUUAUGAGCAUCUUCCAAUUCCUCGUGCGCCAGCCGGAUCUGUUCUAUGAGUCGCGAGAGCAUUUCGUGCCCUUGAUUGUGCCCUCGUUGAUCAAAAUCGCCUCGCCUCCCAAUUCGUCAAACGAAAGCAAGAAGCUCGCUUUGAACCUGAUUAACCUUAUCUGGCUUUGGGAACAGAAGCGCGUCGAGAACCAGGCUGCUCUGUCAAAUGGCACUCAUGAAUCACCCAGCAUGAAAAAGCGAAAGCUUGAUGACGGCCAGGCCACGUCCUCUCCUUCUCCGGCACUCGGACCCCCUAGCUCCCGUGAACGCAUUGAAUACAUGGUCCCUACAGACCUUCGGGCGAACCUGACGAAAUACCUCAUCUCAUUCAUCACCACUGUUCCCGAGCGAUUCCCUGUGCCGGCUGCUCAUAUUCGUGAUCUUCCCUCGAGCAAGACCCAGCCGCCUGUCCUCACAGGUGACAUGAUCAAGAAGGGCAUGUACUUGUUGAGAAACUUGCUGUCCCCCGAGUACUGGGGUGAUCUUGAUAUUGAACUAUACCAGAAGGUCACGGAACCCAUCCUUGUGGGAGAGAAGGCAGACAAGCCGGAUGAGAAGCAUGUCACGAGUAUGGUCAAUGCUUUGCAAGUCGUGCGAGUCCUUCUCGCGGCAAAGCCCGAUGACUGGAUCACAGCCCGCUUGCCCAUGAUCCAAAAGCUGUUCGAGAAGCCCUUGCGCUCGGAUAACCCGGAGAUCCAGGACUGCCUCCAGGGCUUGGAAGAUGAAGUCGACAUCUCUCCUAAGCUUCCACCUCCCGUCCAGCGUGUUCUCGAUGCUCUUCCAGAUGAUCAACCGGAGGAAGAAGACGCGAUGGACGUCGAAAACUCGCCCUCUGAGUUUGUGACCUAUUUGUCCGCCAUCGCUACCGAGACACUUUCAGCCAACAACUACGUCUCGAGCCUGAACGUUCUUUGGACGCUCUCCAAGAGUAAGCCCGCUGAGAUGGAUGCGCAAAUCGCGUCGGUCAUGAAAGCAUUCUCCCAGAAACUCGCAAAGGAGCACGUGGCGGCCUCAACAAACAACAACGGCCAGAACAACAAUGGCGGCAAACCCGCAGAAGGGGUGCCUGAUCAGCAAGAAUAUGAGAUUGGAGUUGACUUGAUCUUCAAGACCAUUGAGCUGAUCUCUGUGCGCAUGUCCAACCUUGGAGAGCAAAGACGUCCGUUCCUGAGCGUGUUGGCGCAACUCGUGGAGCGAUCCCAAAACAUCAAGCUUUGUAGCAAGGUGCUUGGUAUGGUGGAGAGCUGGAUUUUCCAAUCGACAGAGUCCUGGCCCACAUUGAAAGAAAAGACCGCAGUCUUGCAUAAGAUGCUCCUCUUUGAGUCGCGAUCAGACCAUACAAUGCUGAAGAAGUUCCUGGAUCUGGUUAUUAGAAUUUACGAAGAUUCCAAGAUCACCCGGACAGAGCUGACGGUCCGACUGGAGCAUGCGUUCUUGAUUGGUACCAGAACGGAGGAUGUGGAUAUGCGUAACCGAUUCAUGACAAUAUUUGACCGCAGUUUGACUCGCCUGGCUAGCUCCCGACUCAGCUACGUCCUCACCUGCCAAAACUGGGACACCCUUCAGGAUUCCUUCUGGCUGUCGCAGGCAUCCCACUUGGUUCUGGGCUGUGUUGACAUGAACGGCCCCGCGAAGCUUCACCCAGAUGAUUACACCGUUUACCCGGUGUCCUUCCUCUACAGCAACGCCGAAAAGGAUCCAAGGAAAGCUGAUGUCAUGGUUGAUAUCCAGUUGGAAGCAUUCGUAUCUGAGCGCAGGCGGUUCGUGUCCGAGCUUGGCGACGUAAAAGCUCGCGAUCUGAUGGAGCCGCUCUGCCAACUCCAGCACACUGAUCCCAAUGUUGCUUACACUCUCUGGACCAAUCUCUUCACAAUAUUCUGGUCUACCCUGUCGAGGGAAGAUCGGAUUGAUCUGGAGAAGGGGAUGGUUACUCUCAUCACCCGCGAAUACCACAGAGGACAACUCGACAAGAGGCCUAACGUUGUGCAGGCGUUGCUGGAAGGCGCCGUUCGAGCCAAACCUCGCUUCAAGAUUCCUCCCCAUGUCAUGAAGUACCUGAGUCGCACGUAUGACGCCUGGUACACCGCUGCUACGUACUUGGAGGAAACAGCAAUCAAUCCUAUCAUCGACACUCCAACCGUCCGUGAAAGCAAUCUUGAUGCCUUGGUUGAGGUUUAUGCAGGUCUGCAGGAAGACGACUUCUUCUACGGCACUUGGCGGCGACGCUGCAAAUUUGUUGAGACAAAUGCUGCUAUCUCCUAUGAACAGCAGGGGAUGUGGGACAAGUCUCAGCAGAUGUACGAAAACGCGCAGAUCAAAGCGCGCUCAGGAGCAAUGCCAUUCUCUCAAGGCGAAUACUACCUAUGGGAGGAUCAUUGGCUGAUCUGUGCUCAGAAGCUGCAGCAAUGGGAGAUUCUCAGUGACUUUGCCAAGCAUGAGAACUUGAACGACCUUCUCCUGGAGGCCGCUUGGAGAAACAUCGAGAACUGGCAGAGUGACGGACACAGAGAGCAGCUCGAGUCGCUGAUCAAAUCUGUAUCUGAUGCUCCCACGCCCAGGCGAACUUUCUUCCAGGCGUUCAUGGCGCUGCUUCAGUUCCACAUCAAGAAGGACAACCUGCAGGAUUUCAACGGUGUCUGCGACGAGUCGAUCCAGCUGUCCAUUCGCAAAUGGCUCCAGUUGCCCAAGAGAAUCACCAAUGCGCACAUUCCGAUCUUGCAGCAUUUCCAGCUCUUGGUUGAACUGCACGAUGCAAGCCACAUCUGUGGCAGUUUGGCACAAACCAACGACCGGAACCUGGAUACGAAAUCUGCGGAGCUGAAGCUGCUGCUUGGAACUUGGCGGGAUCGCCUUCCCAACCUGUGGGAUGAUAUCAACGCCUGGCAAGACCUCGUUACUUGGCGCCAGCACAUCUUCCAACUGAUUAACGCGACAUAUCUCAGCCUGCUUCCUCCCCAGACAAACAACGUGGCCAGCAACUCCUAUGCUUAUCGUGGAUAUCAUGAGACGGCGUGGAUCAUCAACCGCUUCGCUCACGUCGCUCGGAAGCAUCAAAUGCCCGAGGUCUGCAUCAACCAACUCAGCCGCAUCUAUACCCUCCCGAACAUUGAGAUCCAAGAGGCGUUCUUGAAAUUGCGAGAGCAAGCCAAGUGCCACUACCAAAACCCCAAGGAACUCAACAGCGGGUUGGAUGUCAUCAACAACACGAAUCUGAACUACUUUGGCGCGCAGCAGAAGGCUGAGUUCUACACUCUCAAGGGCAUGUUCCUCGCCAAACUCGACCAUGUCGAUGAGGCGAACGAGGCAUUUGGUGUCGCACUGUAUUACGAUCUGCGACUUGCCAAGGCCUGGUCUGAAUGGGGCCAGUACAGUGACCAGCGAUUCAAGUCCGACUCGUCGGAUUACGAAUUGGCUAGCAACGCCGUCAGUUGCUACCUGGAGGCUGCCGGACUUUACAAGAACUCCAAGUCCCGAAAGCUGCUCAGUCGGAUCCUCUGGCUCCUUAGUCUGGACAACGAUGAAGGACGUGUGGCGAACGCUUUUGAGAACUUCAAGGGCGAAACCCCCGUCUGGUACUGGAUUACCUUCAUCCCACAACUGCUCACCAGCUUAUCGCAUCGUGAAGCUCGCCUCUGCAAGGCUGUCCUUGUCAAAAUCGCCAAGCUGUACCCCCAGGCUCUUUUCUUCUUGCUCCGUACCAACAGAGAAGACAUGCUCAACAUCAAGAAGCAGCACGACCAGAAGCAAGAGAAACUCAACCGGGCCAGACAGCAACAGCAGCAGCAGCAGCAUGCUUCGCCGCAGCCCAAGCCUUCGCCGGCAGCCGCAGAUGGCUCGCCCGCGCAGAAUGGUCAAGUCAAUGCGGCCCAGGGCAUGCAGCCGAACAAUCAGCAGCAGGUGCCAAACCAGGCCCAGUCUCAUCCUCAGGGACUGCCUCAAGGACAAAGCCCUCAGAUCAACAACUCGGCCCAAGCCCAGCAGUCUCCUGCACAGAAUCAAAUGCAGUUGCCCCCAGGACAAGGCCAGAAUGGCACACCAGGCCAGGGUCAGAAUCCUAUGCAACAGCCUCAAGGGCAGAACCCUCUUCAGGCUCCUGGCCCGAACGGAAUGCCACAGCAGAACCAGAACGGUGGCACCGAAGCAGAGAAGGAGCCUCUCAAGAAGCCAUGGGAGUAUUCGGAUGAGAUCAUGUCCGGGCUCAAGACAGCUUUCCCGUUGCUUGCGUUAUCGAUGGAGACAAUGGUCGAUCAGAUUCACAAGAACUUCAAGUGUCCACCCGACGAGGAUGCUUAUCGACUCAUUGUUGCUCUUCUGAAUGAUGGUUUGGCGUAUGUCGGCCGCAUGCCGGGCUCGUAUGCGCAGGACUUCAAAUUGCCUGCCGCCACGGAGGCCAACAUCACUCGCUUCGCGGAGACCAUCCUGCCAGCCCACAUCCGUAAAUCCUUCGAGGCCGACUUUGUCGUUAAGAAGCCGACCAUGUACGAAUACAUUCAGAAGCUGCGGCGCUGGCGAGACAAGUUCGAGGAGAAACUCGACCGCCGGCCUCAGUCUCAGUUCUUGGAGAGCUACUCGCCCCACCUCAGUGAGUUCCGAUUCCUCAAAUUCGAUGAGGUUGAGGUGCCGGGCCAGUACCUGCUGCACAAGGACAAGAACCAGGACUUUGUUCGCAUCGACCGGUUCUUGCCUGACAUCGAUCUGGUGCGUGGUAUUGGUGUCUGCCACCGUCGUCUGAAGAUCCGGGGCCAUGAUGGCAGCGUGCAUCCUUUCGCUGUCCAGCAUCCGGCGGCUCGUCAUUGUCGACGAGAGGAGCGGAUCCUGCAGCUCUUCCGUAUCUUCAACGGGUUAUUGGGCAAACGCAAGGAAAGCCGACGACGCAACCUGUACUUCCAUCUUCCGCUCAUGGUUCCGUUGGCUCCUCACAUCCGUCUGGUCCGCGAUGACCCGUCGUACAUUUCCAUGCAGGGAAUUUAUGAGGACUACUGCCGCCGGGUUGGCAUCAACAAGGAUGAUCCUGUUCUCUUCACAAUGGAGAAGAUGAGGUCCUUGGCAGAGACAAAGCAGAAUCGAACCAACGAGCAACAGCAACUGCUUCGUUCCGAGAUCCUCACAGCCAUCCAGGAGAAAUGGGUUCCGAACACCGUUGUGCUGGAUUACUUCCAGAACACAUACCCCAACUUCGCGGACUUCUGGCUGUUCCGCCGGCAGUUUACCUACCAAUAUGCUGCUAUUGCGUUCAUGACGUACGUGAUGCACAUGGGUAAUCGGUAUCCCAACAAGAUCAUGAUCUCGAGAACGACAGGCGACAUCUGGGGCUCCGAGCUCAUCCCCGCCAUCAAUCCUGGCAAGGCCUUCUUCUACAAUCCCGAACAGGUGCCUUUCCGAUUCACUCCCAACAUCCAGACCCUUCUGGGACCCAUUGCCACGGAGGGUCUCUUCGCGUGUGCAUUGAUGGCGAUUGCUCGCUGCCUGACCGAGCCGCGCCACGAGCUUGAGCAGCAACUCAGUAUCUUCGUGCGUGACGAGAUGAUGUUCUGGGCCACCGCCCAACAUCGCGGUUCGCUGCCUGUCCCGCAGCUCCGCGACCUGGUCUUCAACAAUAGCGAUGUGAUCGUGAACCGGGCCGUCAGCCUGGCCAGCCCCCCCGAAGGCAAUCUGCCCGCCAACCAAACCACCAUCGACCUCAUCUCCAAGGCAGUGAAUCCUCAGCAUCUGGCUUCUUGCGAUGCUCUCUGGAUGCCGUACCUCUAG